AUGACGGCAGCGGCUCUGCUGCGGUCUCGGCGCCAAAUGGCGCCCGUGCCUGAUAUGAGUCGAGCGCACGAGUACCCGCGGGUGAGCUGCUUUCGCCUCCCCGAGUGGAAAGCAGUAGUGGCGUUCACGCGCGAGCCUGUGAAGACAAGUCAGGACCCCCACAAAAAACCCGCGGCGCUACCUCGCACGAAGAAAUACUUUCCGGAAGCUGUGGCGUCCGUUGCGUGCUUUGAAGCGUCCGCUGAUGGAACGUCAGACGAUGUAAGCUGUAAAGUUGGUUGGCGUCAGACGAUGCUAGUUGCUACUGAACGGCGUGUGACCCUCUGCACGGAGAUCUGUAGAGCGGAAGAGAAUUUUCAGCGCACGAUGACGUCGAGCUACGGCGUCCGCAUGUCGGUGAUGCCGCCCUGCUCCGCCGUGCUGUCUGUCUGCGCGCUGCCGCAGGGGAGGGGAUGA